AUGUCGCAAUUCAGCUUCCUCAAUUCGUCCAAUGCCGUUCCCGGGAACGGAUCACUCCCAGACACUUUCACAGUCACUGCACAACCUUCAACGGAUGCAUGGUCAAAUCCACCCCAUACCGAAAGAUUUAAUGCGCCAAUUCUGCAUCGUGAUAUGCCCCUUCUAGCCUUCCAACGAGCCCAGGUCACCAUCCACGCCGAUCUGACGCAGAAGUAUGACCAGGGAGGUCUUAUCAUGGUCGUCAAGGGAGAGGAUGGCUCUCGCAAGUGGGUGAAAGCAGGUCUUGAGCUUGUGAACGACGUCGUUCAUUUGAGCACUGUUUCGAAAGACCGAGGCUCAGAUUGGUGUUUUCAAGCCGUGCCUCCUGGCUGCAAAUCGGUGACGCUAGAGAUGAUCAGAGAAAAGGGCGAUACCCUAUGGAUCUAUCUCCUUGAUGGAACUCGCAGGAUUCCCCAGCGCGAAAUUACUUGGAUCUUUCAAAGUGCGGAGACUGAAGAAUGCUUGGUUGGGGUUUAUGCCGCGAGACCAUCUAAAGACGGUGGCGAUGAUCUUAAUGUACAAUUCGAUAAUUUGACCAUUGAUACUAUUUAG